CCCGCCGCCUCUGGGCCUGCCGAGGGGGUCGCCGCCGCUGAGGAGGAGGAGGAGGAGGGCCGGGGCCGCGCGGCGUCCUCCCCUCAGGCCAGGCCGGGAAGGGAGGCGGCGAGCCUCGGGGCGUCGGCGUCGUCGUCGGCCGCCAUGGCGUCGGCCGAGACGAAGAUCAUCUACCACCUGGACGACCAGGAGACGCCGUACCUGGUGAAGCUGCCCGUCCCGGCCGAGCGGGUCACGCUGGGCGACUUCAAGGCCCUCCUCAACCGGCCCAACUACAAGUUCUACUUCAAGUCGAUGGACGACGACUUCGGGGUUGUGAAAGAAGAAAUCUCGGACGACAACGCCAAGCUUCCCUGUUUCAAUGGCCGGGUGGUGUCUUGGCUGGUGUCCGCUGAGGGGUCGCAUUCAGACGCCGGAUCAGUCUGCGCCGACAAUCAGCCGGAGCUCCCGCCUUCCAUCGAGCGUACUGGGGGCAUCGGGGAUUCAAGGCCUCCGUCUUUUCACCCCAACACUGGGGGUAGUCGGGAAAACCUGGAUAACGAGACAGAGACGGACUCGGUGGUAUCGCUGCAGAGAGAGCGGCCGCGCAGGAAGGAUGGGCCUGAGCACGGUACCAUUUGUCUAAAGGACUGUAGCGAUCUUGUACUAGAUCUGACGGUCCCUGGGGUGGGCGUUUCGGUGCCUUCCCCGCUGACAACGUUGACAUCUCGCUCUCGCCUCCACCUUUGCAGGUUCAGUAGCUCAACGGAGCAGAGCAGCGCCUCUCGCCUGAUGAGACGGCACAAGCGGCGUCGGCGGAAGCAAAAGGCACCCCGGAUCGAGCGGUCCUCGUCCUUCAGCAGCAUCACGGAUUCCACCAUGUCGCUGAACAUCAUUACAGUCACCCUCAACAUGGAGAAAUACAACUUCUUGGGCAUCUCCAUUGUCGGUCAGAGCAACGAACGUGGCGACGGUGGAAUCUACAUUGGCUCCAUCAUGAAGGGAGGCGCGGUGGCAGCUGAUGGAAGAAUCGAACCCGGAGACAUGCUCCUGCAGGUGAACGAUAUCAACUUUGAGAACAUGAGCAACGAUGAUGCUGUGCGUGUGCUAAGGGAGAUUGUGCACAAGCCGGGGCCGAUCACCUUGACAGUGGCCAAGUGCUGGGAUCCCAGUCCCAGGGGUUGCUUCUCGUUACCUCGGAGCGAGCCCAUCCGGCCCAUCGACCCCGCAGCUUGGGUGUCCCACACGGCGGCGAUGACCGGCACCUACCCGGCGUACGGUAUGAGCCCAUCCAUGAGCACAAUCACUUCCACCAGCUCCUCCAUCACCAGCUCCAUCCCCGAAACCGAACGCUCAGACGUGGUCGACUGGCUCUACCAUCACGUGGAAGGCUUCACGGACCGGCGAGAGUCCCGCAAAUACGCCAGCAACCUGCUGAAGGCCGGCUACAUCCGCCACACAGUCAACAAGAUCACCUUCUCGGAGCAGUGCUACUACAUCUUCGGCGACCUCUGCGGCAACAUGGCCAACCUGUCUCUGCACGACCAUGAUGGAUCCAGUGGCGCCUCAGACCAGGACACGUUGGCUCCGUUGCCCCACCCGGGAGCUGCCCCGUGGCCCAUGGCCUUCCCGUACCAGUACCCGCCGCCUCAUCCGUACAACCCCCACCCAGGAUUUCCUGACCCCGGCUACAGCUACGGAGGGGGAAGUGCAGGCAGCCAGCACAGCGAAGGAAGCCGGAGCAGCGGCUCGAACCGCAGCGGCAGUGAGAGAAGGAAGGAGCCGUCUGCCAUGGGGCCCCCCGGAGCCCCCCCUGGCCGAGACCUGGCCUCGGUGCCCCCUGAACUGACAGCCAGUAGACAGUCAUUCCGAAUGGCCAUGGGCAACCCCACCAAGAAUUACGGGGUGUUUGACUUCCUCUGAGCCGGCCGGCCGCCCAUGGUGGGGAGAGCCGCGGUGUGCUCUGGCGGUGGUUUGGCUCCCCCCCCCGCUCCUGACAGAGGAAGACGUGGAGCCCCGCAGGUUGGC